AAGAGUACACUACCAGCAUCGAUCAGGUAGCAGGAGCAAUGACAGGGUUUUCCUCUCCAUGCGGCGCAUGCAAGUUCCUUCGGAGGAGGUGCGUCAAUGGGUGUGUCUUCGCUCCACACUUCUGCCACGAGCAAGGGGCUGCACAUUUUGCCGCCAUCCAUAAGGUGUUUGGUGCAAGCAACGCCUCGAAGCUCCUCACGAGCCUCCCGGCGACCGACCGCCGUGAGGCUGCGGUCACCAUCUCCUACGAGGCACAGGCCAGGCAACAUGAUCCGGUAUAUGGUUGCGUCGCGCACAUAUUUGCUCUGCAGCAGCAGGUUGUAAAUCUGCAAGCACAGUUGGAGUCGCUCAAAGCUCAGGAACCAGUACAAGGGUACACAAAUACUUGUUCCGUAUCAAGCCCUGAAGAAGACAGUAUGAAGGCAAAGGUUAUGGCUUGCCAGACAGUAAAGAUUGAAAGAGAGAGCUACUACGGAAAUGACGCCAUGACCUCCUGCACUUCCAUGCAAUAUUCUCAGGAUUACAACAGUUCACAUGUAUACACACCGGACUAUACAGCCUCGUUUAAAUUUAAUGAUGAGAGUAUACAUGGUAGCACCAUGUUUCCCGUUGAUAUGCAAGACUAUCUGCAAGAGAAUGGGUAUUAUGACACCGAGGGCCUCUAGUCGGCAUAUCUCAACUAGGUGUCACAGCAUGUGCUUGGUAACUGCAAAGCUACCAGCAGUCCUCUUUUGGUAGUUCAAAUUCUAAGCCAUGGAUAACCAUUGUAAAAUGUUCAAAUUCUAAGCCUGUACUAAAAUGCUGAAUCAAACAGGGUGUAGAAGACAUA